GGGAUUAGGAUUCCUCACCUACUCACGACAAUAUUGAGCAAACAAGCGACAUUAUGCAAGAAGGCGAUUACCAGACAGGGGCAUUUGUCCAAUCUUGUAAAUCAUCUAUCACGUCAUUCUCGGUUACAUGCAUCAAGAAAGCAGUACUGUUGUCCAGUCUGCCGUGCUUCCUUCACAAGGCGAUAUCUGGCAUAUUCCCAUACCAGAGAAGCACAUUCGAAACAUGGACAUAUAGAAGAACUUCGGGAAGAAUAUAAAGCAUUGUUGGAAGUGUGUUUCCCGGGCGCUAGCAAUCGUCGGAGAAGGCGAUCAAGAGCAGUUGCGAAAGCGACGACGCGGAGGGCGCUUAGUCUUGAAGGAGGCAUUCCGCCAUAA